AUGCCUGCCUCUCUCGACCAGCUCUCCUCCCAGGAGGCCACCAGAGUGCAGGAUUAUCUGAGCGAUAAAAUCCAGUCAUUGGCUGAUCUCGAAAGCUUAGACUCGCUACUCUCCAAUCUUGGUGCCCAGCAUGAGUUGCAGCGCAAACAGCUGGCAGAGGCACAGGAAGCACUCGACAAAGCGACAAUUGCGUCAAAGAACCAUUCCGAUGCGGUGCGAGAACAGGCCGAAGCCUUCAAUCGACAGCAGGCCGAUAUCGACCGGCGCUUGAAGAUAAUCACACAAUCCGAAACCAGCGAUGAAGCAGUGCGUUCGUUCGAAUUGAGUAUGAAAAAGCUACAGAGGCUGGAUGUUGCCAAGGGGUAUCUGUCGCUAUUACAUGAAGUAGAAGGGUUAAGUGAGCAAGUCUCGAAGAAUGUGGAAUCGGCUCCCCAACAGUCGUUACCCCCAUACAGGCGUCUACGUGAUAUUUUGUCGUCGCUGAAAGAUGCCCAAGUCGCCGCGGAGGGCGCUGCUCCCCACCUCGUCGAUACCAUCGAAAAGCUUGUCGCCUCCGUGAAGAAGCGAAUACAGGAAGUUUUCAGCAGCCGGUUACAGGGUACACUUGAAAAGCUUAAAUGGCCUGGGAAAGAACUUGUCUUGAAUGAUGGCUUCCUUCAAGAAUGGGCUGAUAAUGUUGAUCUUUUGUUGGAUUUCCAAGAGCCUGAUCUCAAAACCCGGGAUGCUGUCACUGCUAAACACGGAGAAGAGACGCAAGUGCUAUUACCAUUGGAGGUUAUGGUCCAUCCACUAGAACUUCGCUUCAAAUACCAUUUCAGCGGAACAAAGCUAACUAAUAGGCUAGACAAGCCGGAAUACUUUCUUUCCCAUGUGUCCGAUUUAAUCGCCACUUAUGCCGGCUUCUUUGUAGCAUAUUUGCAGCCUAUCUUGGACAGACGAGCCGACUCCGUUGGCCAAGCACUGGAGUGGCAUUUCCUAAGUGCAACAAACGCUUUUAUUACUGCCUUGCUACCAAUGGUCCGACAAAAGAUAAAUGCCAUCGUUCCACAAGUGGCGACAAACCCUCAGCUUUUCAGCCACUUUUUACACGAACUCAUGAACUUUGAUACAGACCUUCGGGAAACAUGGAAUUAUCUUUCAGAUCCAUAUUCCUCUGAAGCAUGGGAGGGGCUAGCUUCCGAGCUGCUCUCUCAACAAAAUUGGUUCGACCGAUGGCUACAAGUCGAGAAGGAAUUCGCGCUCUCUAGAUAUAAAGACAUCAUUGAUACCCCAGAAAGCGGACAAAUUGACUACGACGGAGUUGAAGGAAACGCCACGAAACCAACCAACGCUGCUAUACGAGUUAACGACCUUCUUGAAACUAUAACAGACCGAUAUAAACCACUGUCCUCGUUUAGCCAGAAGUUACGCUUCCUCAUAGACAUCCAGAUCACGAUAUUCGACCAGUUCCAUGAACGUCUACUUUCUGGCCUGGAGGCGUAUCUUGCCAUGACUUCAACGAUUGGCCGCACUGUACAGGGGGGUGACCAGGGAGACCUUGAAGGCGUGGCUGGUCUCGAGAGACUAUGUCGGAUCUUUGGCAGUGCAGAAUACCUCGAAAAGAAAAUGCAAGACUGGAGCGACGAUGUGUUUUUCCUUGAUCUAUGGUCUGAACUCCAAGACCGUGUGCAAAAAAAUAGGGACGAAGGCAAGAACGUUGUAGGACCCAUGUCCAUCGCCGAAGUAGCGCAACGAACCUCGCAAACUGUGACUGAAAACAACCUGACCAACAAGAGCCACAUGUCUGAGGGGGCCCUGUUCGACGAGACCGCAUCGGCAUACCGUCGUCUCAGGAUGCGCUCCGAGAGCAUCCUCAUCUCUACAUUCUCCACCCAAGUCCAGUCCUCGCUAAAAUCCUACUCUCGCGUUUCCACAUGGUCAUCACUUUCGUCACCCUCUGCGAGUUUCCCUCAUCCGCUCACGUCUGAGUUGACGGCUGCUAUUCGCAUCUUAUCCUCGAAUAUCUCUUUCCUCGCCCGCGCCUUGGGAACUGCGCCUUUGCGAAGGAUAACAAGGCAGGUUCUGCUUUCAGUGCAAACAUUCCUUUGGGACAAUGUAGUUCUACGCCACUCCUUUUCCGCCGCUGGUGCCUCGCAACUCGCCAGUGAUGUCCAUCACAUAUGCGGUGUCGUUGACAGCGCCAUUAGCGUUCAGGGCCCUCCAGCUCAAGGCGAAGCAAGACGCACCAUCAAAAAGCUCAACGAGGGGCUGACUCUUUUGGGUUUGAAAAUAAAACCACAAAAUGUCCCAGAUGAAUCACAGGAUGUGCAACAUGCUGACGAGAAGAAAGAGUUGGGGCUGUGGGAGGUGGAAAGAAAACUAUUUGCGAAUAAUGAAUCUGCUCGUGAGGUUUUGAAUGAAUUGGACAUUGAUACGUUGACCGAGGCAGAGGCGAGAGCGGUGUUGGAGAAGAGAGUUGAGAUUCGGAGUUGA